GACAUUAAUUUGGAGGCUUGUAGGUUAUCGGAGGAACUAAGACGCGCUCAAGAGAAUCACCGUCCAAAUCCACUUCCACCACCCCGCAACCGAACAGCUGAACAAAGAUUGGUUAGAUCUGAAAUCAACUUAGAGUCACCGUCAGAACCAUCACCAUUUCCUGCUCAUUUGACACGUUCUGAUCAUAGUUUACCAGUGUCACGAUUGCCAAAACCUUUAUCACCUUCUGUAUCUCCGCGAAAAUUUUCUCGCUCACAAUCGCCGCAAUCUCCCCCACAAACACCGAAAUCUUCUUCACAACGCCCGAAUCGUCCUAGAAGGGCAACAGACUCUGUUGUUCCCACAAGCCCAACAUCAGCGACAUCAGAAGCCGUAAGACAAAAAAAGAUGCAAGAAUUCGAAGCCUUGAUUGCAGAUGCAAAUAAACCAAAAAAGAAGCAAACAAAUAUUCCAGUUGCAAAGAUAGCUCUUAAUAAUGUCAAUAAAACUACCAUUCGAGCGAAAGCUCAAAGACAUUCAAAUUCCUCAAUCUCUCGUACCUGGGAGAAAUGUCGAAGCGAAUACACGCAAUUUAUGGAUUCUGUCGCGCCUUCGAUUGCGGAGUCGGUCGCGGAAUCGUUUACCGUUCAUUAUCGACCUGAAGAACAUGAAGAGCUUGGAAAAGGAACGCGUGGCGAUGAUGGUGUUAUACGUGUGACUUUAACACCGGCAGUGUGUCGAUGA